AACAGUUCAAGAUGGCCUCGCUGCCGAUGGUGAGAGUGGCGCUCCUCGUCGCUUUCUCGGUGUUUUUGACGCUCGUGUUAGGAUUCGGUUUGCCGUCGGUCCUCAACUGGAUCGCCCGGAGCUGCGGCUUCCCGGAGGCGAGUGUCACCGAGUGCAUCGUGUUCGUGUACGCGCUCUUUGUGCUGUACGUGGCCGUGCCUCGACUCCCCCGUGGGACGGUCAAGGUCGAAGGGAAAGCGCUGCUCAUUACCGGCUGUGACACUGGAUUCGGACUCGCUUUGGCCAAACACUUCCAUAAGCUGGGCUUCACUGUGUUUGCAGGUUGUCUGUUUAAGGAUGGAGAAGGAGCAAAGGAGCUGGAGAACAUUCACUCAGAGAAGCUGAAGGUGGUGCCGCUGGAUGUCUGCAGUGAGGAGCAGGUCUCUCAGGCUGUUCAGUUUGUGACUGAAAACCUGCCAGACUCAGAAAAAGGUCUGUGGGGUGUUGUCAAUAACGCGGGUAUCUCCACAUUCGGGGAGGUGGAGUUCACCACCAUGGACACUUACAAGCAGGUGUCAGAAGUGAACCUGUGGGGAACCAUCAGAGUCACCAAAGCCUUUCUGCCACUCAUCCGCAGGGCCAAAGGUCGUGUGGUGAACAUCGCCAGCAUGUACGGCCGAAUGGGAAACGCUCUCCGCUCGCCGUACUGUAUUUCCAAAUACGGAGUUGAAGCUUUUUCAGACUGUCUGCGAUACGAAAUGAAGACGUGGGGCGUCAAAGUUUCCGUCAUUGAACCCGGAAACUUCAUCGUUGCCACAGGGAUCCUAACACGCGACAUCGUCACAACAACGGCCGAGAAGCUCUGGAAGGAGGCGCCCCCUAUUGUCCAGGAGGAUUAUGGGAAGGCUCAUUUUGAGCAGUACAUGGCUCUAAUGCGCUCCUACUGCAACAGCGGCCAGCGCGAGAUCGAACCAGUGCUAGACGACAUCACAGACGCCAUCAUGUCCCAGCGGCCAUACACCAGAUACAGCCCAAUGGAGCCACACUGGUGGAUCCGCGUCCAGAUCAUGACGCAUCUUCCUGGAGCCAUUUCAGACAGACUCUACUUCUGAUGGGACCACCACUAAUAUAUAUAUAUAUCAUCAGCAUACAGUCCAUAUAUGUCCAAUCAAGUCAGUAUGCAACCUUAAUUGAAUAAAAGAAUCGCAUGUCUUAAA